AUGGCUCAAGGCAAGAGAUUCAAGAUCAUCAUUGCCGGGGGCGGUAUCGCUGGCCUGACACUAGCCGCCAUCCUCGAGAAAUUCGACAUUGACUAUGUCCUGCUCGAGUCCCACGGCGACAUCGCGCCUGAAGUCGGUGCCAGUAUCGGCUUGUUCCCUAACGGACUGCGCAUUCUCGACCAGUUGGGGUGCUAUGAAGCCAUCAGAGCAUUGCCUGAAGGACAAAUCAAGGUUACGCAUAUUCGUGACGAGAAUGGCAGGCUAGGGUACCCAUCUAUCUUCUUCGACCGCCAAUGGCUGCUUAGGAUACUCCACGACCAUCUAGCCCAUAAGGACCGGGUCAAGCUCAAUAAGAAGAUUACCCAGAUCAAGCUCCUCAGUGACGGAGUGGAAGUCCUCACCAAGGACGGCGACACUUUCAAGGGUACAAUUGUCGUCGGCGCCGAUGGCAUAUACAGCACCGUUAGGGCAGAAAUGUUCCGCCUUGCCAGCGAGAUCCAACCCGAUUACUUUGACCCAGAGGAGCUAAAUAAGGUCCCCUGCUACUACAAAUGCAGCUUUGGUAUCGCAAAAGACGUCCCGAACUGGAAUUAUGAACAAUUGAACAUGGUUCGGUCGGAUGGCGCAAGUCAGAUGCUCAUCUCGGGGCCCGACGGAAGGGUUUACUGGUUCUUUUUCAGCCAACUGCCCGAGACCAAGUACGGCAACGCCAUCCCCAAGUACACCAAGGAGGACGAGGCUCAGUUCGUCAAGGAGAAUGCCCACCGGCCCAUCACCGAGACGAUCAACUUCGGCCAUGUGUACGAGAGACGCAUCUCGUCGACCCUUACGCCCUUACAUGAAAAGGUCUUCGAGAAGUGGUUCUUCCGGCGUAUCUGUAUCAUGGGCGACGCCGCCCACAAGCCGAACCCUAUCGGCGGACAAGGAGGCAACAACGCCAUCGAGUCUCCCGCGUCGCUUGUUAACGUGCUGUUGGAGAAACGCGACAGCAGAGGAGGCAAUUUGGACAACCUGUCAGGGAAAGAAAUCGAAGAAGUCUUUUCACGGGUUCUGGACAUCCGCCACGAGCGAGCGAAGUUGUUUGUGAAGCAAGCCCAUCAGAUGCAGUCGCUCUUCGCCAACGAGAAACCCCUGGUCACGAAAGUCUUGAUGCGCCUCGACAAAAUCAAAGGCAUAGACGCCUCCGUUGACAGGCUGGGAUCAAUUUGCAGGCCUGCCGUGAGGAUCAACAAGCUCCCUGUCCCCAAGCGGGCGAGAAUAGUCCCUUUCGAUGACGAACUCCCGGCGAAGCCCAUCGAGCCCAAGGCACUCUUGCCUGUACAAUUGCUGAUUGUUGUCGCCAUGAUCUUCCUCUUGUUCAUCUCAGUCGUCACCCUACGCAUUCCGUUUGGGCGGCCCCCCAUUUGGGGCCGUGACGGUCCCUUGGUGGACCGUCUCUGGAUCAGGGGUGCGCCGGCCCUGAACGAACUCACCAACUUCAUCGUCUCAACCUUCUCCCUACAGGUCGGCGUUCCAGACAUCGGCCCGAAGAUACACAUUACAAACUUCUUCCUGGGCCAGCUGACGUCUUACGUCCUCAUCUGGAUUAUUGAAUCGUAUCGUGCCGGCAACAAGGGAACCCUCAUCUCGCUGCCCAUGAUCCCUCUAUUCGUGAUGCAGAUACAGGGCAUCUUCCGCAUGGCCCCCCUUUAUACCAUGCUCGCCGUGUUCGAAGGAUUCGAUUUGUCCCCUGGCCGGUUCGUUCGCCCGGCCGUCGCCAAAGCACUGAUUCCCGCAUUAAUGCUCGGAUAUAUCCUGCCGACAAUCUUGAUGCUUCUGCCCACAUCCAACGUUCCCGUCCUGCAGACCUACUGCGCAAUCUGGCAGCCGUCCCCAGCUUUCGUAACCGUGCUCGUGUCGGUGUUCUCUAGGGUGAUAAGCUGGUGGGACCGCCUCAGUGAGCAGAAUGAUAAAAAGGAUGACAAGGCUAUCGAGGAGAAGCAGAAGACCAAAGCCGACCAGAAGAAACAGCAGCAGCCGGAAAACUAUGACCUACCGAUGGAGGAAUCCCUAGAGCGAUACAAGAACCCAGACCUUCCCAUCCUCCAGACCGCAUACUCGGUGCUGUUCUGGUUGCAAGCGAUCGCACACAUCUCGACCGCCAUCUAUACCUACUUCCAUCCGGACCUCACCAUCAAGGAGCUCUUCUUCGGCCUGAAGGACCCGUUCGCCGCGGACUGGGGCCUGACUGACCCCGUCGACGCCAUGAUGGCCUUCCUGCAGUACGACAUGGCCGUCUCGUGCGCCGCGCUGCUCGCCUACGAGCUGUUCUCCAUCUUGAAGCUGCGCCAGAUGGGCUACGUCACCACCCCCCACGCCGCCCUGGCCGUUCUGGGCGUCGCCGCCGGCCAGCUGACGGUCGGGCCCGGUGCAACCUGGGCGGCGCUGUGGUCCUGGCGCGAGGACGUCCUGGCGAAUGUGGCGCCGGUAAGGUGA